UGGCAUUUCGCGACCAAAAUACAUCUCAUCUAUAUCUUCCCCUUCGUUCUUCGUUCUUCGUUCCUCACGUCCUCACGACAUGGAUCCAAAUUUUGUGCAGGGUUUGCACGCUCUACUCGUGCAGUCUACGAGCAACGAUACCAAUCAGCUUAAAACUGCAACUGCACGGUUGAAUACUGAAUAUUACAAAAACCCAGCAUGCAUAUCUGCUCUGGCAAGCAUCCUAGCGAGCUCUCCUGAACUUGCGGUCCGUCAGUUGGCUGCGGUUGAAAUGCGAAAACGAGUGCAGCAAAGAAGUGGUGACUUGUGGACACAACUCCCUCAAGAUGAGCGAUUACAGAUCAAACAAAAUUUACCCCAAUUGAUCCUUAAUGAGCAAGGUAAGCUCGUGCGUCAUGCUGCAGCGCGGGUGGUGGCAGCCAUCGCAUCAAUUGAGAUCCCGUUGGGAACAUGGCCGGAGCUUCUACCACUCCUACAUCAAGCCUGCACGUCCACGCAAGUUUCACAUCGUGAAGUUGGUAUAUAUAUCCUCUUCACGGUCUUAGAGACCAUCGUGGAAGGGUUCCAAGAGCAAACUCAAAACUUCUUUUCCCUGUUCUCCCUGCUCAUGGCGGACCCUGAUAGUAUCGAAGUGCGGAUUACUACUGUUCGAGCACUUGGUGUUAUUGCGCAGUACAUUGAUACCGAAGACAAAAAAUCCUUCCAAGCUCUCAUUCCUAAAAUGAUUCAAGUCCUUGGCCAGACCCUCGAGACCGGCGAUGAGGCUAAUGCUAGGCAAUUGUUCGAUGUCUUUGAGACGCUCUUGAUUCUUGAAAUCCCUCUUCUUAGUCCUCACAUCAAGGACCUCGCGUCGUUCCUCCUGCAGUGCGGUGGAAACAGGAAUUUGAGUCCCGAGCUCCGUGUUUUGGCUCUCAAUGCUUUGAACUGGACUAUACAAUACAAAAAGUCGAAGGUUCAGAACCAGAAUUUGGCUGCCGUUAUUCUCGAGGGCCUUAUGCCAAUUACCACUGAACCUGAGCCAGAAGAUUCGGACGAAGAUGCUCCGUGUCGCUCUGCCCUUCGCAUUAUUGACGGUUUGGCCACAAACCUUCCUCCGACCCAAGUAUUCCCUGCGCUUCGUACUCUUAUUCAGCAAUACUUCACUUCUCCAGACCCCAACUGUCGCCGUGGUGCCAUGCUCGCCCUCGGUGUUGCUGUCGAAGGGUGCAGUGAAUUCAUGACCCCUCUCAUGGAUCAUGUAUGGCCGAUCAUUGAAACGGGUCUUCACGACCCCGAGAGUUCUGUCAGGAAGGCCACUUGUGUUGCUGUCAGCUGUCUAUGUGAAUGGCUCGAGGAAGACUGUGCGGCCAAGCAUGGAACAUUAAUACCUGCCAUCAUGAAUCUAGUUCAUGACCCGACCACUCAGCGUUCUGCUUGUACGGCCCUCGACGCUCUUCUCGAAAUCUUGCAGGAUACCAUUGAUCAAUACCUUGGUCUCAUCAUGGAACAGCUUGCCGGUCUCUUGGACACAGCUCCUAUCGCUGUUAAGACGGUCGUGACUGGCGCCAUCGGCAGCGCCGCUCACGCCUCCAAGAGCAAGUUCCUACCGUACUUUGAGCCUACUAUGAACAGGCUUCAGCACUUCCUUGUCCUGGGGGGUGAAGGAGAAGAGGGCGAGUUGCGAGGAAUUGCAAUGGAUGCUGUCGGAACAUUUGCUGAGGCCGUUGGCACUGAUGUCUUCCGACCGUACUUCGCUGACCUAAUGAAGCAAGCGUUUCAGGGUCUCGAAAUGGGUAGCCCUCGUCUGAGGGAGUGCAGCUUCUUAUUCUUCUCGGUCAUGGCUCGCGUAUUCGGGGAGGAAUUCGCGCAGUACUUGCCUCAGGUUGUUCCUCCUCUUCUGGCAAGUUGCAAGCAGUCAGAACACGGAGAAGACAAGGACUCUGAAGCUGCGUUUGCGUCGGGUGCUUCCGCUUCCAGUCCCAUUGCUGUCCUUGACUCGGAUGGGAACAUUGAAGCAGAAAUGGAAGAUAUCGACGUGGACAAAAUGCUUGAAGUCAACAGUGCUAUCGCCGUCGAAAAGGAAAUUGCCGCUGACACCAUUGGUGCACUCUUCCUCGCAACCCGUGGCCACUUCUUACCCUAUGUCGAGCAGUGUGUUGUCGAACUCGUCAGCCUGCUCACCCAUUACUAUGAAGGGAUCCGCAAAUCCGCUACUGAGUCCCUGCUUGAAAUAGUACGGACUUUCUACGAACUUAGCGAACCCCAAGAGUGGCAACCCGGUGUCGCUGUGACCGUUCCCCUGCAACCACUUGUCAAAGAGCUGGUUGGCCAUGUCCUUCCGCCCCUGAUGGAUAUGUAUGACACAGAAGACAAUAAGUAUUUCUCGUAUCCAGAAUGCUAUAUAUCACCUUUGCUUAUCUCCGUAGCACUCGAAACACUCUGCAAUAUUGCGGUCCAAAUCUUGGAACAAAAGGCACUCUGCCAGCAAGAUCCUGACCAAGAUGAAACCGAAGAGGCUCCAGAAGACCAAGCCGAAUAUGACUCUGUUCUUGUAUCCGCCGCGGGGGAUGUUGUCUCGGCGCUAGCCAACGCUCUUGGUGCUGACUUUGCUCAAUUAUUCAACACAUACUUCCCCUUGAUCUCUAAAUUCUACAAGGAUUCGCGGUCAUUGAGCGACCGCUCAUCCGCUAUCGGAUGUCUGGCGGAGAUUAUCGCAGGGAUGAAGAACGCUGUUACGCCAUCUACCGAGCCCCUCAUGGAGCUCUUCUACAAAGGUCUCAGAGACCCCGAAGCCGAAGUUCAAAGCAACGCCUCCUUUGCUGUUGGUCUCCUUAUUGAGCACUCAGAAGUGGAUCUGUCACCCCAGUACCCCCCACUUCUUGCUGCUCUUCGCCCCAUCUUCGACGUCCCGGCAGAUGCCCCCGCGGCUCGUCUGAAUGCCAAGGAUAACGCUGCAGGCGCCGUGUCCAGGAUGAUUGUUCGCAACACAGCUGCAGUGCCAUUGGAUCAGGUUCUUCCUGUCCUCAUUGCAGCCUUGCCUUUGAAGAACGACUACCUUGAGAACCGACCUGUGUUCCGCGCCUUGUUCCACCUCUUCCGUGCCAAUCCCCAGUCUCUGGGUCCCUACCUCGACCACUUGCUAGCUGUAUUUUCCCAUGUUCUCGACCCGAACGUACCGGAUCAGAUAGGUGAAGAUGCCCGGGCGGAGCUUAUUCAGCUUAUUAGUUUCCUGAACACGCAAGAACCAGCCAAAGUACGUGCUGCAGGUUUGAAUGUCUUCCUUCCGGGAGCGUAGGCUUUUUUUUCAUUCUAAUCCACCCCGCUUCUCACUACGGAUAUCAUGGCUUGCAUCCUUUGCCCAUCGUUUAGAUUACAAUUUCCUUCCAUGCUUUUGAUGACUCCUUGAACGCGGUUUGUAAAGUGCACGUGACAGUCGUGACCAGCGCGUUGUUGUUAGUUGUUGACCAAAUUCAAAAUGCAAUUUACUUAAGUCAGUCAACA